GAUGUUUCCUUUACUCUCCACUUGCACCAAGCGUCUUCCCAUCGUUUUCUCCAAUGUAAAUCGGUUAAUUACUGGGACUGCAAACACUCUGGAGGUUCGCAGAAAGAUAGUUCAAACUCGUGAGAAAAUUCAACUUGGUGGGGGCCAAAAGCGUGUCGAUGCCCAGCAUAAGCGAGGGAAGCUGACAGCAAGGGAGCGGAUCGAACUAUUGGCCGAUCCCGGAACAUUUGUUGAAUUCGAUGCAUUCAUGGAGCAUGACUGUCAUGAUUUUGAUAUGGAAAAACAAAGGUUCCCUUGCGAUAGUGUCGUCACAGGACACUGCAAAGUGAACGGUAAAACAGUCUACCUCUACAGUCAAGACUUUACUGUCUUCGGUGGUAGCCUGAGUGCGGUUCAUUCGCGUAAAAUUUGCAAAGUAAUGGAUCAAGCCAUGCUAACUGGCGCUCCUAUCGUUGGUAUGAACGAUUCUGGUGGUGCCCGAAUCCAAGAAGGCGUGGCUUCCCUGGCGGGCUACGCGGACAUUUUCCAACGCAACGUGGAUGCGUCCGGUGUGAUUCCGCAGAUUUCGCUCAUAAUGGGACCUUGUGCUGGUGGCGCUGUGUACUCACCCGCACUGACCGAUUUUAUUUUCAUGGUUCAGGACACAUCGUAUAUGUUCAUCACUGGGCCAGACGUAGUCAAAGCCGUGACAAACGAGGAUGUUACCCAAGAAGAGCUUGGAGGAUCCAAAACCCACUGUUCCUUAUCUGGUGUAGCCCAUCGAGCGUAUUCCAAUGAUGUUGAUGCCAUCGUGAACACUCGUGACUUUCUAGCCUACCUACCAUCAUCGAAUAGGGAGCCAAUCUCCCCGAUUCGUGAAUGUCACGAUCCAGUAAAUCGCAUGGUCCCAGCGUUGGAUACCGUCGUUCCUCUUGAACCUACCAGCGCUUACGAUAUGAGCGAAGUUAUAUACAAUACUGUCGAUGAGCGAGAAUUCUUCGAAAUCAUGCCAAAUUAUGCGAAAAAUAUCAUAGUCGGAUUCGCUCGCUUGGGUGGCCGUACUGUAGGAAUCGUUGCUAAUCAACCCCGAUUUUCCGCGGGCUGUUUGGACAUCAACGCUUCUGUUAAGGGCGCCCGCUUCGUGCGAUUCUGCGAUGCCUUCAACAUCCCGCUUGUUACGUUUGUCGAUGUGCCCGGGUUCUUACCUGGCACAAACCAAGAAUACGGCGGAAUCAUCAGACACGGUGCAAAGUUGAUCUUCGCAUACGCUGAGGCCACCGUGCCAAAACUCACAGUCACCACCCGCAAAUCUUACGGUGGAGCUUAUUGCGUUAUGAGCUCUAAACACCUGCGUGGUGACAUUAACUAUGCAUGGCCCACGGCUGAGGU